UGUGCUCAAAAUGGUUGCUUCCAUGGAAAAUGUUUACUAACAAUAACAAUUUGUCAAUUUAACAACAAAUUUCAAAUGAAUUCCAAACAAAAACGUUCACGGGUGCAAGGUGGUUGGGCAGCUCCUACAAAUGUCCGGUCAGAUAGAGAUAAAACCAAACCUGCCCCAGUCCCAAACUGGAUUGGCAAAAACAUUGACCAACAACCUACAGAAAAGAAGUUUGUUUACGAAGAGGUCCCAGAGGUUUUUAGAGAGAAGCCAGCAGAUAAAACAAUUGAAAAAGCUGGGGUAUAUGACAUAAGUACAGAUCCAAGUGGUUUAUCCAGAAUCAGGUUAUUUCCGAACUUCAUCGAACAGAAGGAAGCAGACUCGCUGUACGAGACCCUCUUCCACGAGUUGCCAUGGCGACAGAGGACUGAUGUGAAGAAGGAUGGAGAGAAGUUUCUCCAGCCCCGCCUAACUGCCUGGUAUGGGGACCACCCAUAUAGCUACUCUGGCUUGACCCAUGAAGCCAGAACGGAUUGGCAUCCUGCAUUAAACCAAAUAAAAGAUUUGAUAGAGGGCAGCACGGGUCUGCGGUUCAACUCCAUGUUAGGGAACCUCUAUCGCGACGGUCAUGACAGUCUUGCCUGGCAUUCCGAUGAUGAAAAAAGCCUUGGCCCAAACCCCACCAUAGCCUCUGUGUCAUUUGGCGAUACCCGAACCUUUCAGAUGCGGAAGAAACCUCCCCCAUCAGAGAAUGGUGACUACACAUACAUGCAGCACAUCGAUGUCCUGCUGACACAUGGCUCACUGCUGAUCAUGGAAGGAUCCACCCAGGAUGACUGGCAGCAUCGAAUACCCAGGGAGUACCACGACCGGUCUGGGAGGAUCAAUCUCACGUUUAGAGUGAUAUUGCCAGAGUGAAUAAAAUUUAAUAAAUAUGGUGCACAUACACGUAUAUAUAUAGCAAAAAAUCUGGGCAUUUAAAUCACCUAGCUCAUAAAAGGAAUUAAGAAUACUCUACUUAAUUUAAAAAUCUACAUUGUGUUUUGUCUUUGGGUCCGUAUCAGGUAUUUUUGCAUUUUCAUGUUUUAUUGCUUUACAUCUAUAACAUAAUGAUGAAACGGUUAUAUUGUUGUAAGUUUUGCAACGAGCAAUAGUUGACCAUCAAAUUAAUAUUUGAAAGAAAAUUUUCUAUUGAUAUUUUACUAAGUCUUCUAAGAGUUCUUCUAAGAGCUCUGUGAAAGCUCAAUUUUAACUUGAUUUGUAUCUAUUUAGAAUUCUGUAGAUAUCUACCUUAAAAUUUUAGUUACACAAUCCACUUGGUAUAAAUGAUUCCUUUUUGCAAGGUUGACAAAUUUUACAAAAACAAAAUCAAUAAAGUUAAUUUAAAAAAAAAACAUUUUCAAUCACCAUCUUUAAGGAUUAUCUCCUGCAAUAUUUUCAUAGACAUAAACAGUUAACCGAGACGCAAACACAGAACGUGCCGAAGACUUUCAUCAACAGAUCUAGGAUAACCAGCAAAAGUUUAAGUAACGUUUUGAUUGGCCAGUAAUAGGCAAUAAAUCACUCGCAAGUUUUAAGAUGACUUCAAAUCUUUCAUAAAGUCAUUUUUAUGUAAAUUUUGAAAAGUGUGUGAUUUUCAAAACAAGGCUAUUAUUUUACAGAUUCAAUACUUUCAAACCCAAAUUGUGUCAGUGAUGUAAGACAGGUUUUCACAUUUGUCGUUUUGAUGCAUGUCUAUUUCUUUUGAUGAUGCAUUUAUAUUUCAGUGUUCAAUAGAAACUGGUCAUAUUUGAUUACUGGUAUUGGCAUUUUUUGUGUUACGGAUUGAAAGAGCAUGGUUGUGUAAGCUGUAUUUGUAUCCAUAAACUGUGAUAUUUGAUAAUAUAGUUAAUAGUAAAAAAACACAAGCAAUAUAACAUGUACAAAAUUCCAUGUCUAUGUCUCUUGCUUUUUUUUUUCUUCACGGCUAGUUGAUGUCUGGGAGGCACUCUGUCUGUCCAUCACUUUGUUGGACAGUCGGCUCAUUUUUUGUUAAUAUGUUAAUGUAAGUUUUUAUUAACAAUAACUUCACGUCUUUAUGAUGAAUUACAUUGAAACUUGGAAUAUGUAGCUGUAAACACACUUCAUUCGCAGUGUUCUGCACAUUCCCGAGUUAUCUGCCCUUGAACAUAGCUGACACAACAACGUCAAGCUCUAGAUUCUUUAGUUUUUCUUACUUAAAGGUGUGUUAUUCAUUACAAAAAUCAUGCUAUAGUCCCAUCAUUGCCCUUGAUUAUUUGUAUUGACUAAGCUGUGAAAUGUUCUAAAAAUUAUCCAAAGAGGAAACUUUUCUUACAAAGUAGGCCAUGCACCUAUGUUAAUUUAGAAAUAGGGCUUGCAUGGCUUGUAAGUCUUAUAUAUUCUAGCUUGUCAUGCACUCUUUAUCUUUCAAGUAAUGAUAUAAGAAAUUCAAGCUUGCCUGUACCAGUCCUAUUUAAAAAAAACAACAAGAGCCGUCACCAUAGGAUGACUUAUGCCCCCUAUAAACGCUUGAUAGAAGUUAUGAGCUUUUUUCAAAACCUAAACGCAGACCCUAAGUUCAAGGUCACAGGGGUCAAAAUUUGUGUGGGUAUGGAAAGGCCUUGUCCAUAUACACAUGCAUGCCAAAUAUGCAAUCGCUAUCUGAAGUGACAUAGAAGUUAUGAGCAUUUAUCGAAACCUAAACACAAAGUGUGACGGACAGACAGACGGACGGUUCUAUCACUAUAUGCCCUCCUUCGGGGGCAUAAAAAUGCAUUAUUUGUUUUAUAAUUUUGUUAUGUAUAUUGUAUUUAAAAUGUUUUUUUAACUGUAGUAUUGGUGUAUUGUUUCAUUGAAAUAAUUCCAGGGUUGUAGUUAAUGUAGUAUUUUAAGUUUAUCACAACAGAGUAAAAUUGUUGCAUUUACGUUGCAUUUACUGUUUGUUUCAUAAGUGAGAGAUUUUGUCUUGCUUUGAGUUUUGUUACACUUUGAUGACAACUGCAACUACUUGCAUUUAAUGCAAGAAUAAACAUAAACGUUGUCUUUUAA